AUGCGCCUCUCAAGUUGAUAAGGCUAACCAUAUAAGUAACCUAACUCCACAUGCGUCUCGUCACAGCACUGUGCAGGCACCACGUGGCAGACUAUCGCGCUGUACUGAGAUAGGUAUCUACUGACUCGGUUGCUGUGACAGGAUGGCUGAACGAGCCAGGUUGUGUUUGGCUGUAAUCACGCGGAUGCAAAUCGACGAAGGAUUGCCUCUUCACCGACGCUCAAGGAUGGAAAGUCGAUAUAGCUGAACGGCUGCACCUAUGUCACGAUGGACCAAAGCCACCUCAGGAGAUCACUCUCGGCAGUGUCAAAACAGAAUACAAAGAGUUUCUCGCAUCUGAGAGCUACGAAUCAAUUUCCACAACAUCUGCGGACGAGUCUGAGGCGAUGGGCUCAGGCCCAGACACCAAACAUGAUGACUCUGCGGAUAAGCAAGAUCGUCUCCCCUGCUGUAGUUGCGAGGCAUCGGUUCCUCGUAAAUUUUCGGGAGUAAAGAGUUCCGCAGCUUCUAAUUCGGGAGUAAGAGUUCUGCCGUGGCAAAUAGGGCGAUCGAAGCGCGCGCCUGCAGUGCCGCCGCGGGAAGAGACCAAGCCAUCAUCUUGUGCGUGGAAGCUCGAGGAAGUAAAGAAUCCCUUUCCGCUAGACAAUAUCCAACUUUAUCGACGCGUGGAUCGCGAACAAAAGGUGGAAAAUGGCCGCAAACCCCCGAUGCAAGGCGCGCAAGGAGAAACGGUCAGGACAAUAACCCUCCAACCCAAAAGCACAGACAGAAUAGACAGGUAUUAUCGUGAAGUAUUUUUCAAAAGUGCAGCAGUGCAAUUUUCAGAUCUCGGCGCGCAAAUCUUUGAACGAUCCUACGAUACCGGCGACAGAAAUAUGCUAGUAGACUUGGCGGCAGCGUACAAUCUGUGCAGUGAUAGUCGUCCUGGUUCCACGACCAAAUUUAGCGACGUUUUGAAAUAUUUGUUCAUGGGCGAACUUGCCGAGUGGCAUGAUGUUCAUAGGAUCUCCAAAGACACGAAGUGGUAUAUGUCCUUUGCGCAUAAGAGGUUCCUGCAUGCACUGUGGAAUUUGGGAUUUGUGCUUGACGUAAGGCGCGUUUUUCACUAUCCCAUGUGGACUGAGCUGAGUGAGGUGCCGAAAGAUAAGGGAGGAAAACGGGAAGUCACUCAACCAGGCAUAGUGAAAAACUAGCGCCAAUUGAGAGCGUUGAGAAGGUUGAAGAUCAAUCCGACCUGAACUUGUUGCGUACGGCAUCCUUCGUGCCAAGCGAUCAUGAUGUCGACGACCCGCGUAUUGUACCCGUGUUUUUUCGUCUUGAUGUGCAUGAGAUAGAACUUGAUGCAGAAUGCUGUAAUAAAGAUAAAGAAGUUGCUCCAGCCAGCGAUAACACGCUCGUGGGCAUGAGCGGCUCGGUGUGCGUGUGGAAGCUUCAGCCAAGCAAUCCGUACCCGUUCCCGCUAGUGGAAGUGUACUCUUCUGAAGGAGCAUCCUCCGACUUCGAUCCAUCUCAUAGUAGUGCACCCGUGUCUGCCGCCGGGGAAGAAAUUCAACAUUUUUCGCAUCUUGUUAAUCUAAAACGAAUGUGGAACCUUUCUUCACCACCGGACCACGGGCCUCAGUCGCUGAUACUGAAAGGCACAGUAUUUGGUGGGGAGACGUAUUUGGACUUGGCGGCAACGUACGGGUUCUGCACACCCGAGAAAAUUGAACUUGCACAGGUUUUGAACUUUUUCGUCGUAGGUCCAGCACUUGAUGGGUGGAAUAGGAUCCCUACCGCAACUGCCUCUGAGUAUUUUUCCUAUGCGCAUCGGAGACUCCUACACGAAUUGUGGGAAAAUGGGUGGGAGCUCGCGGCCUUUCAGAAGGCGUCGAAGAUACUCACAGUGGUUACACAAAAUGUUGAGAAUGGAGAUUGGAAAGAGAAGCGCUACAAGGAAGAUCCGCGCCUCGUGCCCGUUGUUAUUCACCCUCAAUUAGCGAGCGAUGCUCUUUUUAGAAAAUUACUGGAGGAGGAGUGCUGCGAAGGAGAGGCUUACCCCUUCGUCGACUCCCAAGAAGCGAUGCCCAAACACCAGCCAGAUUCCUCACCUAAAGAACCGCCCUGGUACAGCAAAAUCCCUCUGCCGAUCUUAUGACUCUCGACAAUUCAUUUCCAUGUGAAAUUUUGGUGAAAACAGAUCUACUCUUUCGAGGCCAACGCAUCCGCGCCCCCCCUGCCUGUAGCCAGAAAUAUAAUGUAACAGCCUGGCUGCCUUCUAAAGUGAUGGGCCUCAGCGGGGAGCUAUCGAGAGCUCUAAUAUUAGUAUUUAUAGGGUAAGCAGUUUUUCUGAAAUAUUUAAGGGACUCCUUUAAGUGCGUCCCUUAAGGAAACUGCUUCCCCUAAGGAAAUCCUAUGACGAAAAGUUAUUACGACUUUCCUUAAGAGGGAAAAUUUUCCUUAAGGUAGCUCCUUAAGGGAAAGCUGUUAUAGCCUUUGGCUAAUAAUAGGCCCUCCCUUAAGGGAUUUGCAACGUCUCAAAAGGAAGCAAAGCCCCCAGGCGUGUCCUGCCCGACAGUCCUGGAGUUUUUUGCCAGUGGUCUACUUUGUCACCCAAAUUGCCAGCCUCCACCGUGAUCCCCCCCAACACACUACGCGCCCACCCGUAGGUAGCGAAUCGCCUCAACGAACUCCCAACCGCUACCCCUAUCGCCCCGCGCCUUUCUUUUUCAAAAACUUCAGGGAGGUCAUUCAAAUACGGAAAAAGUUGAACGACCCCCCUGAAGUAUUUGGGAAAAAGUUAGCUUUUUUCUCUUCUGCGACUACCUUCGGCGCACGCCAAUCGACCGCAGGAGCGCGCGGCUGUGUCCAGGCCUGGCCUUCUCAUGGACAUGAUGACGCUGAAGAGGCUCCACCCUUCAGAUAUGGAGGGGCCCAGGCUUAUUCUCUCCACAAGCAUCGACGCCCCGCGGGUCUUCUCCUUAGAAUUCUCAUGGACAUGAUCACACCCAAGAGGCCCAUGCGCAUGCCUGAAGGGUGGACCUUGGUGGGCGUCAUCAUGUCCAUAAGAGGGCCAAGACUCUACAUCUCCGCGCUUGAAAGUUGAAGGCGUUGAGGAUGUCGAUGCUUGGGAGAAUGAGAGCUCUGAGCCCUUGCAUGUCUGAAGGGUGGACCUUGGUGGGUGUCAUCAUGUCCAUGAGAGGGCCAAGCUUAUACAUCUCUGGGCGUGAAAGUUGAAGGCGUUGCGGGUGUCGAUGCUUGUGAGAAUGAUUAUAGCCGUAGGCCCUUGCAUAUCUCAACAAGGGCGGACCCUGGCGGGCAUCAUUAUCUUAUGCCACGAGAAGGCCAAGCCAUGGCGCCUCGGUUAAUGAAAGCGGAAGGCGCGGGGGAUGUCGAUGCGUGUGAGGAAGAUAGUUGGGAGCACUUGCUCUUCGAUGUCUCAAGGGUGGGCCGACCUUGGAGAGCGUCACCAUGUCCAUGAGACGGCCACGCUUAUGCAUCUCCGUAAGUGAAAGCUGAAAGCGUUGGGGGUGUCGGUGCUUGUGAGGUUGAUAGUCGUGCGCCCUUGCAUGCAAGUCGGAAGGGUGGGCCCUGGUGAGUGUCAUCAUGUCCAGGAGAAGCGCCACGCUAAUGCGUCUCCGUGUUUGAAGGUUGGGGCCCAACUUCUGCGCAUAGAUAUGCCCAGGCGUGGCUUUCUCAUGGACCUCAUGACGCUCGCCAGUGUCGACCUUUUGCCAUGGAUAUGCUCUGCCUUAGAAUUCUCCUGGACAGUGUGAUCGCGGGCCCAACUUCUGUGCGUGCGUUGCAUAUGCCCAGCCAAGCGUGGCCUUCUCAUGGACUUCAUGAUGCUCAAGUGGCCAGCCUUGGCGCCCAUUGGCUCCUUAGCAAGCAAGUCGGCCAAGGCAGUAGCCAUGGCAGUGCCCUCCUAUUCUUACUAGCCUCGCGACAGUGGGGGCCAGCUUGCUUCCUGGCUUUUCUAGCCUUGGCCGCGAGCAGGCUUGGCGACUUUUUUCGUUUGUCUUUCUGUAUCGUCAUGAUCGUUCUGUCUAGUUGUUAACCUAUGCCCAGCGCAGCGGGCCCUUGAUGGGCCCGCUUUCUGGGCAUGUGCUAAUAGUUGUUGGGCAGGAGGAGCAGCAGACUGGAGGAUCGCCACAGCCAGAUCAGCCAGAACCAGGAGAGGGAGAGCAGCCUUUACACAAUCGACUGCGCAACUUGCCGGACCUCCCUCCGUUACCGAGGUACCCCGAUCGACCGUGUGCGUUGAAGCUUCAGCUACGGAGAACAAUAGACAACCCAUACUCGUUCCCUAUUGUAACACGGCGUGAAGAUGAUGGGCUUGUUCCACAAUUUAAGCUGGGGUCUUUGCCUGACGCCCUCUGGAAAGAGACGGUGACGGAACACAAAUCUCCUGAUUCAUUUCCAAGAAGAUUUUGGAAAAUUUCGUUCGCGAGUGGUCCUGGGAUGUACGACGAAGCCGCGUACAGCAACCAAGCACUGGACAUUUUUGAGAAACCAUCGGGAACAGAAAACCCAGGAGUAUAUGUGGACUUGGCCAGAGCGUACGGCUUAUGCAAUGAUGGCGCUAAUUCCAGGUCCGAGAUCAGCGAAGGCGACGUGCUCUUUAGUGCAGUUUUGCAGCAGCUUUUUGUGCACCCAGCUGGAAAAAGAGUAUAUGAGAUUCCAGCACAACGGGGGAAUGAUAACCGCGGUUUUUUGUCCUUUCUGCAUAGAAGACUCCUACAUAAUUUGUGGAAGAAAGGGUAUCAGAUCGAUGGCGUGAAGCAGGAUCAGGAGGUUGGCACGUUACUGCAACAUAUAGGUCCAGAUGCAGGCGACUGGUUUUACUACAAGAUGGAUCCGCGCAUCGUCCCAGUUACUUUCGACGGCCAGAGCAGCUCUUUUGAGAUUUUUCGUGGGCAAAGUGAUUUUGAUGGGUUAAAGUGUUGCGGAGGAAAAGAAUCCAUCCCAAUCUGAACCAUGAAACAGCUAAAGGUCAACCUGAACCAGAUAAAGUCGAAGAAAUAUAAGGCGAAGAAUGGUCUUCGGGUAGAGACAUAGCAUGUUUGUGGGCCUUUUUUAUUAAAGAAAGUCACCUAAACCCAAUCUCAAACAAGUAGGACCAUCACAAAUUCGACUUUGAUGUUGCGCCACUACCAUUACCCCCCGACGACUACGCAAAGAUAAGAGCAGAACUCACCCAGGAUCAAUUGUGAGCACAACCACGAAAAGAUGAGUAACGGAAGACCCAAACGGACACGAAUUAGGCGAACCUAAGUACUGGCGUAAUGCAACUCUACACUGUCUUGCAGUGGAUAUCUGUUCUAUUUCAAGCGAU